AUGAGUGGAACAGAGGUACCAUCAGCAAGAAGCGCCCUUACUAACCCAACAGCAGAUGGCAUUUUGGCGGCUUUAACCCAAGUGGGAGCAUUGAUGUUAAAACCUUCCAAGUUCACGGGAACUGGAAAGCCUGAAGAGGCGGAGCAGUGGAUCAAGGAAAUGGAGAAGAUGUUCAGGCUAUUGAAUUGUACUGAUGUACAUAAGAUGACACCGGCGGAGUAUCGGAUGGACAGGAAUGCUAUGUAUUGGUGGCAGGCAAUGGAGGACACGGUAUUCCCUGCAAGAACAGAGAUUGUCUGGGAAAUUUUUGUCACUGCUUUCUAUGAGAAGUAUUUCUCGAGUUGCACUCAAGACCGAAAGCUAAUAGACUUUGUGGAACUAAAGCGGGGUGAUAGAACCGUUGAUGAAUAUGAGGCGAAGUUUUCUGAACUGUCAAGGUUUGCUCUUCGCCCGGUUGAGCAUCUUGAGGAUAAGGCGAAGAAGUUUUUGAAAGGCUUGAAGCCGGAGAUAAGGAAGCAAUUGGCGCCAUUCGGGCCAAUGACCUACCGAGAGAUUUAUAGCAAGGCACAGUAUGUGGAACAGGAGAUGGCUGGAGAGGAGAUAGAGCCGAUGCCUCCAGUGAUCCGGGGUAAUGAAAAUUGUGGGAAGAGGCCAAUGCAGCCUAGUCGAUUUCAGUUAAACCCUAAUAAGAGGCGUUUUGGAGAGAAUUUUGGCAAGCAAGGUGGGGUACGGAUUGCGUAA